AUGCCCUCGGGGGAAAAGAACAUUUGUAAUCUGUGUGGGAAGUGUUUUACUCGGAAACAUGAUCUUGCCAAACACCAGAGAGUCCAUCAUGGACACAAACCGCACAAAUGCCUGCGGUGUGAGAAACAGUUUGUUCUACGGUGUCAACUAGUGAGACACAAGAGGAUCCACAAAGGGGAGAAGGCCUACAAACGCCCUGAGUGCAAGAAGACUUUUACCUGCUCAGAAAACCUUAGGAUCCACCAGAGAGUUCAUGCUGGGGAGAAACCUUACAAGUGCAUGGACUGUGGGAAGUGUUUUGCUGCCAACUAUACAUUGGUGAUCCACCAGAGGUCCCACACUGGGGAGAAACCUUUCAAGUGCAUAGAGUGUGGCAAAUAUUUUUCUCGAAAUGCUCACCUUGUGACCCACCAGAUAACCCACACUGGCGAGAAACCUUAUGAAUGUGGGGAGUGUGGCAAAGGUUUUUCUAGAAAAGAUCACCUUGUGACCCACCUGAGAUCCCACACUGGAGAGAAACCUUAUGAAUGUGGGGAGUGUGGCAAAUGUUUUUCUCUAAAAGCUUGCCUUGUGAUCCACCAGAGAUCCAACACUGGAGAGAGACCUUACAAGUGCCUAGAGUGUGGCAAAUGUCUUUCUCAAAAAGCUCACCUUUUGUCUCACCACCGGAGAGUCCACAUGGGAGAGAAACCAUACAAGUGUACAGACUGUGGGAAGGGCUUUGCUGACAAUUCUGAUUUGAUGACCCACCAGAGAGUCCACACUGGAGAGAAACCAUACAAAUGCAUGGAGUGUGGGAAGUGUUUUGCUGCCAACUCUAAAUUGGUGAUCCACCAGAGAUCCCACAGUGGAGAGAAACCUUAUGAAUGCACGGAGUGUUGCAAAUGUUUUUCUAGAAAAGAUCACCUUGUGACCCACCAGAGAUCCCACACUGGAGAGAAACCUUAUGAGUGCAUAGAGUGUGGCAAAUGUUUUUCUCUAAAAGCUUGCCUUGUGAUCCACCAGAGAUCCCACACCGGAGAGAAACCUUACAAGUGCCUAGAGUGUGGCAAAUGUCUUUCUCGAAAAGCUCACCUCUUGUCUCACCAGCGGAGAGUCCACAUGGGAGAGAAACCAUACAAGUGUACGGACUGUGGGAAGCGCUUUGCUGACAAUUCUAAUUUAAUGACCCACCAGAGAGUCCACACUGGAGAGAAACCAUACAAAUGCAUGGAGUGUGGGAAAAGUUUCGCUUACCACUCAACCGCUUUGGUACAUAAUAGAAUCCACACUCAAGAGAAUCCUUAA